AUGAAGGUUUCUACUACGAUCUUGGCCACCGCGAUGCUGGCGGGUAGCGCCUUUGCCGCUCCGCGCAGCGGCCUGCUCGAUCGCUUGUAUGCGCGCGGUGCUCUGACACGCCGGUCCAUUCCAGCCGAGAAAGACAGCACUCUGCUCAGGGAGGAGUCCCAGCGAGCCAAUGUUGCAUACAGCAAGAACUGGGCGGGCGUUGUCCGUGAAGAUCCUCCUCCAAGUGCUACCUAUACCGCUGUUUCGGCAACUUUCACUGUCCCAACGCCAACAGCAACCGACAACUCCAAUGAAAUGCAAGCCGUGUCCGCUUGGGUCGGUAUCGAUGGAGAUACAUACACGGAGGCAAUUCUGCAGACUGGAAUCGACGCAUACGUCCAGAACGGCGAGCAAUCUUUCGAUGCCUGGUAUGAAUGGUACCCCAACAACGCGGAGAACUUCGACAUUGGUUUGACAGCCGGAGAUGUCAUCGUCGCGAUUGUCGAAUCCUCCUCGCCAAGCGAGGGAGUUGCCAUCAUUGAGAACAAAUCCAGCGGAAAGAGCGUCACCAAAACUCUCAAGGCGCCCUCCAGCACCGCCACUUUGGCCGGUCAAAACGCUGAGUGGAUUGUGGAGGACUUCAACUCCGGCAGCACCAUGGUUCCAUUGGCCAACUUCGACCGAGUUGACUUCACCGGGGCUGAGGCCAGGGCUGACAAUGGUCAGACCUUUGGUGUCAAGAACUCUGCUAUCUUGGACAUCCAACAAGAUGGCGAUGUGAAGGCUCACGUUGAAGUGACUGGUGACCACGAAUUCUCCGUCACAUACCAAUAG